AACCAAGCGUGUAGAGCCAGGGCGGCGGUGGGGUUACAGAACCUGGAGCCUGGUGCCUCCCAGGAAUGGCCUCAUGUCCUGUUGUGCAACUUCCCGGAGCCUUGAGGUUGGGGCGGCUCACUGCAGCCGUCCCGGAGCCCGAGGCGGCCUUGGGAGCUGGUGCGCACGGGGAUGAGGACGGCUGGGCUCUGGGGGCUGCUGUGGACACUCCUUGUCUCAGAACUGGGAGCAGCACCUGAAGACAACGAGGAAAAGUACGUCCUGGAAGCGGGGCAGAACUUGACCGUGAGCUGCCCUUUCAACAUCUGGAAGUAUGCCAGUAGCCAGAAGGCAUGGCAGAGGCUGGAGCCUGGACAGGAGCCCCUGACCCUGGUGGUCACGGACAGGCCUUCGGGGAAGCCCAGCACGGUGCGGGUGGGGCGGUACGAAUUGGAAGACGACCCGGAUGAGGCCAUGUUGAGCGUCCGGAUGACGCAGCUUCAGGUGGCGGACUCAGGGCUGUAUCGCUGUGUCAUCUACCAUCCCCCCAAGGACCCCGUUGUUCUGUUCCAUCCUGUGCGCCUGCUGGUGACUCAGGGUCAAUCAGUUAUGCCUACCUCGAACAAGCAUCCUCCACAGAGCCCGACUCCAAUUCCCAUCUUCACUCCUACCACUCCCAAGGUCUUGAGCACACGGCACAGCAGGCCCAGAACCUUGACCCAAACUCCACCUAGGUCAACUGCUGUUGUCUCCACUCCUAGGACUGGAGUCCACCUUACAAAUGUGACACAUGUCACCAGGAUCCCUGUGUUCGGCAUUGUCGUCUCCGUGGUCUGUGGACUCCUGAGCAAGAGCCUGGUCUUCACUGUCCUGUUAGCUGUCACCCACAGGUCAUUUUCACCCUAGAGCCGUGAACCCACAAGAAUGACCUCUGGGUGUGGACCUCUGGCUGCUUGGGCUGCCCACGUGCCAUAGCAGAGGGCCUGGGUUCCAGUCCCAGUUCUACUUCCAAUCCAGCUUCCUGCUCAUGCACACCCUGGGAGGUGGCAGGUGAAGGCUCAAGUACUUGGGUCCCUGCCACCCGUGUAGGAGAUGUGGAUUGGGUUCCUGGGUCUGGGCUUUAGCCUUGCCCAGUUCUAGCUGUUGUGGGCAUUUGGGGAGUGAACCAUUGGAUGGAAGAUCUUUCUCUCAUUCCCUCUCUCUGCCUUUCAAAUAAAUAAAAAUAAAUAAACAUAAAACUUUAAAAAAUAAAGCAACAAUAAAUGAAUGGAUGGGGCUGGCUCCACGGUGUGGCAGGAAAGCUGCUUCCUGGGACACCGGCAUCCCAUGUGGAUGCUGGUUCGAGUCCCGGUUGCUCCACUUAAUCCAGCUCCCUGCUAGCAGCCUUGGAAAGUGGUGGAGGAUGGCCCAAGUGCUUGGGCCCCUGCCACCCACAAGGGAGACCCAGAAGAAGCUCCUGACUCCUGGCUUCGACCUGACCCAGCCCUGGCUGUUGUAGCCAUCUGGGCAAUGAAUCAGUAGAUGGAAGAUCUCUCUCUCUCUCUCUCUCUCUCUCUGCCUCUCCUCUCUCUGUGUAACUCUGACUUUCAAAUA